GUCUUGAAUCUUCUCAUUUCGCCAGAAAAAAAACUGCGUGUUCUGCGAGUUAGGGUGAUGUUAUUCCUCUUGGCCUCCUGACGUGACGUUUGUGUAGCCGAGAUCGGCGUUUGAUGGCUGCUAGUUAGCAUGUUAGCUUCAACGGAUUGAAACAAGUCUGAAGUCACGAGACGAAACUUUACCUAAAGAAUGGCCUUUUCAAAAGUACUAUAACAACUUAACUCAUUUGUGAUACCCAGUUUUGCCGAGUGAGAUUUUAGUAGAAGUGGAGUUGUGACCUGGAAAAAAGCGUGUGAAAGACGGAACGCGUGAGUGAGGAGGGAAGAAGGGAGUGUGAGAGAGGGGAAAACAGGUCAAGUGUUUGUGUUCAACUGACCUGAGUUAUGAACAGUGGUGAUUUGGGGCGAAAAAGGGUUCAGGUAGGGUGAAGACGAAUGUGACGGCAGAGCAGCAGCAGCAGCAGUAGGAGUGAAAGAGAAACCUUAUGUGACACCAGUGCUCACCACUAUGAUGUCAGAUUUGAGAGUGGGGAGACUGAGAUUAGAAUACUGAGGAUGUCAGUGAGAGAAAGGCGAGAUCAGCAGGACAUGUUUGUUAAGAUAUUUGGAGACAAAGUUAGGGAGGCCACAUGGUUUGGGCAAAGAGAGGAGAGACAUUUUGGACCAAGAAUGUUGAAGAAGGAGAUGAUGACCUGUGAAAAACGCAUGGAAGAAUGAGGACUGGUGUGAUGAGACAGGAUCUGCUGAUUGUCUUCAACAUGGCUGUCAGAGUUUCUUAUGAAAACAACAAUGAGAUUGGCUGCUUUGCCAAACUGACCAACUCGUAUUGUCUGGUGGCCAUUGGCGGCUCCGAGAACUUCUACAGUGUGUUUGAAGGGGAGCUGUCGGAGACCAUCCCGGUGGUUCAUGCCUCGAUCGCCGGCUGCAGAAUCAUCGGGAGGAUGACUGUCGGUAACCGUCAUGGCCUCCUGGUGCCCAACAACACCACAGACCAGGAGCUGCAGCACAUCCGGAACUGUCUGCCUGAUGGCAUCAAGAUCCAGAGAGUGGAGGAGCGACUGUCAGCGCUGGGCAACGUCAUGGCCUGCAACGACUACGUGGCGCUGGUUCACCCAGACCUGGACCGGGAAACAGAGGAGAUUCUGGCAGACACACUCAACGUGGAGGUUUUCAGACAGACGGUGGCGGAGCAGGUUCUGGUCGGGUCUUACUGCACCUUUAGUAACCAAGGAGGUCUUGUCCACCCCAGGACCACCAUAGAAGACCAAGAUGAGCUGUCCUCUCUGCUGCAGGUCCCCCUGGUGGCUGGCACGGUGAACCAGGGUAGCGAGGUUAUUGGGGGGGGAAUGGUGGUCAACGACUGGUGCUCCUUCUGUGGCCUGAGCACGACAAGCACCGAGCUGUCAGUCAUCGAGAGCGUGUUCCGACUCAGCGACGCAGCACAACCGUCAGCUAUUGCCACCAGCAUGCGGGACUCUCUGAUUGACAGUUUAUCGUGAACGGACAGGGUUCUCCUCUGGUUUCGGGCAUGCUCACGGCGGCCGGACAUUGAUGGCUCCUGGACUUCAGCCUCGUGCCCAGAACCAGCUCUGGUCCAGGUGUUUCUGGCAAAAGACCUGUGACCUCCAUGCUUGAGGGAAGGUGUUGGUUUUUCUGUUUGUAUGUCUUGAGCAGAGACUUUUUAAUAAACGGGACUCCAUGA